AUGGCUUCCACUCAAUCAAGAGAUGCGGUAUUAGAAGAUCAUCCACAACUCCUACCUGCAAGCCCAACCUCAGAAUACAUCCACAGCUCAAUCCUCUCCCUCAGUAUUCUUGUCGUCUUCGAAUUGGAGAUUCCGAUCAAAGAUUCAAAGACGAUCACAUUACUCAGGGAUCAGUUUCUACCAAUCAACACUCGCUUCUCAUCAACACUCGUUAGGGACGAAAAGGGUGCACAAUCUUGGAAGAGAGUCGAUAUCAAUCUCGAAGAUCACGUAAAGGUCCCCCAUUUUCCAACUGGAUUACCUCCUUCUACUUACGAUGACUACUUACAAGACUACUUAACAAAGAUAGCAUUAGAUCGGCUCCCUGAGAACCGUCCAUUGUGGGAAAUCCACAUAAUCAAGUACCCCACUAGCAAUGCGGCUGGAACCGUAGUGUUCAAGUUGCACCAUGCACUUGGAGAUGGAUUCUCUUUAAUGGGUGCUUUGUUUUCUUGCUUUAAGAGAGCUGAUGAUCCCUCCCUUCCUCUAACAUUCCCUACUAAGAACCCUUCAUUGAAAUCGCAUUGGAAAGCUGAAGCAUGGAAGAAAGUGUCCAACAUUGCUGCUGGUUGUUGGUACACUGCUUCUGAUUUUGUCCAGAGCGUGCUUCAUGGCACAGUGUUGGAAGACGAUCGGACGGCGAUCCGAUCAGGGACACCCCAAUUAGAGUUUGAGCAGUUCACCAUCUCAACCGUUACCUUCUCUCUUGAUCGUAUCCGCCGAAUUAAGUCCAAGUUUGCAGGAACCGUGAACGAUGUAGUGGUUGGGAUCAUAUUCUAUGCAAUUCAGUUGUACCAGCAAAGGAUGGGCCAGGUAACGACUGGCCGUCGGAUGACAGCAUCGGUCUUGUUGAAUACAAGGAUGGUAAAUGGGUAUCAGAGCGUGAAUGACAUGCUUAAAGAGAAGACGUGGGGAAACCAUUUUGGCUUUCUUCAUAUAGGAAUCCCUUCCUGCAGCAAUGCUGACAAAGAAAAUCCCUUAACAUUCCUCAUCAAUGCCAAGAAAACCAUCAGGAGAAAGAGGCAAUCUCUAGCCGUUUAUCUCACUGGUAGACUACUUCAAAUGUUGAAAACUAUCGGUGGUCCAGAGGACUGA